GUAACUGUCAAAAUCUCGGAUAGAUGAAAACGAGGCAACCCCGUAGGUCAAUAACAGAAAGAUUAAAUUUAUAAUCGGUAACGUGGGAGAUUUGUUCAGUGCACCCGGUCUUCAGUUUCCUUCCUACGCUGUAUUAUAUCAUCGAAGACCUCAGAUCAACACCACUGGCCCGACAUUGAUACAGGCUCAGUUGACACUGUUCCUAUAAACAGACGAAGUUGAGAGGGACGCAGACGAUCCACACGACGAUACUGACACUGAUCGGCAACGCAACAACAUGGGAUACGCGUUGGUGAUUGCGUUUUUGUUGGUGCAAAUAACUUGCGAAGUAAGAUCAGAGCAAAGAUACGAGAGGCAUAAGCUAAUCCGUGUGCAUCCACAGAACACUGGUGAGAUAUAUGCUAUGAAAAGAAUACAAGACGUAUUCCGGAAUUCUGAGUUUGAGUUCUGGAAAGAGCCCAGGAAGGAGAACCAGCCGAUCGAUAUCAUGGUGUCACCUGAUGCAUCCAGUCACCUCACACAAUUCCUAAAAGUUGCUGAAAUUAAACACGACAUUGUCAUAACAGACAUACAAGCUCUCAUUGAUACUCAGAGAAAAAAGAGAAGCCAACAAGAAGACGUAGAAGAUGUGGAAGAACAAGAAGAUGGAGGGGUGAACAUAGAGGGAGACCAACAAAUCCUGGAUUGGAUAUUUGAGUUAGAUCAACAAUACGAAGAUUUGGUUGAAGUAAUACAUAUAGCGACGUCAUACGAAAACAGACGUAUUUAUGGUCUGAAGAUAUCUGGUGCAAGAAAAGACGAAGAUAAACCGUCCAUUUAUAUGCAAGGUGGCUUUCACGCCCGAGAAUGGAUAGCACCAGCAACCGUAUUAGUCAUGGUCAAUCAGCUACUAUCUAAUUAUGGAAGCGAUGAAGCAAUCACGGUACUUAUCGACAACAUAGAUUGGUACGUUCUUCCGCUGGCUAACGUAGAUGGUUAUGUCUACACCUGGACCGAGGAUCGUUUCUGGCGAAAGACAAGAUCGGUGAACGAAAAUCAGGACUGCAAUGGGACAGAUCCUAACAGGAAUUGGGACUACGAUUGGGGAGGUGCCGGAACGAGUGAUAUUGCCUGUUCUCCCAUCUACGGUGGCUCGUCUCCGUUCUCUGAACGUGAAGUGAGAGAGGUGGCAGGCUUUAUAACCAAACACAACUUUGACGCUUUUUUAGAUUUUCAUGCGUACGGUCAGAUCUGGAUGGCACCUUGGAGCUACAGCUUAAGUUCAACUCCUGAUUACGCAGAACAGAUGGAGGUUCUCAAACUAGCCAUAGAAGCUGUCAAUGCUACUAACGGUAUGGAAUACAUCUCUGGGCAGAUAUCACAUAUAUUCUCGCCUACGUCUGGUUCGAGCGGAGAUUGGGCCUAUGGUACCGCGCACAUCAAAUACACGUAUGGUAUCGAACUACGCGAUGUCUGGUACGGCGAUUACGGAUUCUUGCUGCCCGAAGAUCAGAUUCUAGCCACGGGACUGGAAACAUUUGCCGGUGUCAAGAUUGGCUUCCCGAGUAACAAGAGUAAAGACUCCUUUUGGAUCAAUUCCGAAGUCCAUGCGCGUGAAUGGAUAUCAACGGCCGUUGCCCUUUAUCUUGCCAACCAAAUUGUCAGCGAAGUCGGCGUGGAUCCCGUAGUGGACGAAUUGUUGCGCGUGUAUGAUUGGUACGUGAUGCCAGUAUUAAAUCCAGAUGGAUAUGUUUAUACGUGGACCACGGAUCGGCUGUGGAGAAAAACUCGUUCCAUGAAUAUGGGCACAACAUGUGUUGGUGUGGAUGGUAAUAGAAACUAUGGGUACAAGUGGGGAGGAGAGGGCGCUAGUUCGGAUCCUUGCAGUAACGAGUAUAUGGGACCAUUUGCUUUCUCUGAGCCUGAAAUCCAUGCUCUGGCGACUUUCUUAUCAAGAACGUCAAAUACCAAUUUCCGACUUUUCCUGGAUCUCCAUAGUUACUCUCAAUUGUGGCUGUAUCCAUGGAGUUAUGUCGCCGAGAACACCCCGGAAGAUGAUUACGAGCAACAGAAUCAGAUGGCAAAGUUGGCAGUGCAGGCGAUAGUUGAAACGCAUGGCCAGACAUAUACAUACGGCAACUCUGGCGGAGUAAUGUAUCCAGCCUCUGGCAUGAGCAUAGAUUGGGUGUAUGGCGUUCUCGGUGUGGUGCAUUCAUAUACCGUGGAACUACGAGAUCUUGGUGAAUAUGGAUUCCUCUUACCCGAAUAUGAAAUAACACCAACAUGCGAAGAAGCCUAUGCAGCUAUCAAACGAGUUGGUCAAACCCUGCUCAACGACAAGCCGGGAAUCUAAAAGAGAGAGGGCCCCUCAAAGAGUAUAAUAACGCGAAAUGCGUUGAUAGUGGUGCUAGGAAUCUGUGUAGCUGCCACCAUAGCGAAGAAUAGGAGAAAUUUGUUUUCUGCAACGUUUAGUGUCAGGCGCUGAUUAGAGACUUGUGUAGUACUACUAUAGCCAGGAAACCGAGACUCACAACAUCCCCGCCCGAAGCGUGAUGACGAGCACAGCACACACGAUGCACUGCUCGCUUAGUCUCAUUACACGUAAUAAAACUUGGAUGAGAAGAGUUUUAAUAAAAGCUUUUUUUU